AUGGGUGAGAUUAUCGUGGUAGACUAUGAUCCUACGUGGCCUGCUCUCUUCACGCAACUAACGACCCCCGUUAAAGAGGCUCUUGGUAGUCUGUCUACACGGAUAGAGCAUGUCGGGAGCACAUCUGUCCCCGGUCUUGCUGCAAAGCCCAUUAUCGACAUGGAUAUAGUCAUCCCCAGCUGGGAUGUUUUGCCGCUCGUGAUUGCCAAGCUAGCCGAGCUGGGCUACGACCAUGAAGGCAUCAAGGGCAUUCCGGAGCGAGAGGCGUUUGAAAGGCCAAAAGGAGCCCAUCGACACCACUUGUAUGUCUGUGCUGAUGAGACUAGAGAGGUGAAGAGGCAUGUCGCGUUUCGAGAUGCCCUGCGAGGGAACGAUACGCUGAGGGACGAGUAUGCUGCGCUGAAGAAGAGGCUUGCGGAACAGUAUAAGACAGAUGUGGAUGCGUAUUGCGAUGCAAAGACGGACUUCAUAGAGGGCGUGCUGAGAUCUACUACCUAA